CUCUGCCAAUAACAUUCGACGGGUUUAAACACUCCUCACGCCUUCCCUUACAAAUGGAAUUUGGAAAUUGCAAAAUCUGCCCACUCUUCAUCCAGAACAUUGAGGAGGUGACGCAUACCAACAGCCAUGAGUGAAAGGGUAAAGCUGCACUACUUCAAUGGGAGAGGGAAAAUGGAGUCAAUCCGCUGGCUGCUCACCGUUGCAGGAGUGGAGUUUGAUGAGUUCCUUCUGACCACCCGAGAACAGUACGUCAAACUGCUAAAUGAUGGAGACCUCAUGUUUCAGCAGGUCCCACUGGUGGAAAUCGACGGAAUGAAGCUCAUUCAAACAAAGGCCAUCUUGAAUUACAUUGCAGAAAAGUACAAUCUGCAUGGAAAAGACAUCAAAGAUCGUGUUAAAAUCAACAUGUACUCCGAAGGACUAAUGGACCUCAUGGAAAUGAUCAUGAUACUGCCCUUCGCUCAAGACCCAAAGUCCAAACUGGGCAACAUCGAAACCAAAGCAAAGGAGCGCUACCUGCCCGUGUUUGAAAAGCAACUGUUGAGCCACAUUUACCUGGUGGGAGGUCGGCUGAGUCUUGCGGACGUGCUUCUGAUGGAAUGCACGCUCAUGCUGGAGGAAAAGUUUGUGGGGAUCCUUGCAGACUUCCCUAAUGUCAAGGCUUUUCAGGGCCGCAUGUCAAGAAAUGAGGCCAUCGCCAGAUUCCUGCAGCCGGGAAGCAAGAGGAAGCCUCAACCAGAUGACAUUUACAUCAAAAGCGUCAAGGAGGUCCUUAACUUAAACAUAACAUUUCCAUAAAAUGCUCUAAUGGUGUUGAAAAGCAGAAAUGACUCUGAAUGUGUCGCCCAUUAAAAGGUCCAUUCUCUCUUCAAA